GAAGUUCAGGACAUCGGUUGUGCAUUCUUGUUGUGGGACUUUCGAAUACAAUACACUAUUGGUCAUCAAUGUGUCUGUUGGAUAUUUUGCGACACCAGAACUAUUUAAUUGAACGGAGUCGUGGAAAAUAUGUGAUUUGUCAAUAGCGAUUCCAGUGAUUGUCGUGUUAAAACGCCCUCUAUCUUUGCCGUGUGUAUAGGGUAUAUUGCCAGAGAGUUGUGAAGUUUUCCGUACAGUGCUUUGAGAACAUACUCGUAUUUAGACUGUCUAAGACAAGGUGGUGAUGUUACGGACGCACGGUCUGUCCAGCCUCGAUUUGACACUGAGGGAUUACGUGAUCAUGUCGGACGCCUAUCUAGGGUUUGUCCACGACACACCUGGACGCUUCCCACUACGGCAUACCGGCAGAUCUGCUUAUUGAGAUAUAUUUACCGUGUGUUUAGUUAAACCUCGGGGUAGCUAUAGCUAGCUGGCUGUAACUCUAUGAUCGUGGCUGCCUGGCUGACAGGCAGUUGUCACUAUAUUAAAUAUGCCUAUGAUUUGAUGGAUGUAUGUCCGCGUACGUGAAACAAAUAUUUAAAAUGGGGAAAAUUGGACCCGAAUUUUCAAAUGAAGAGGAUGAUGUAUUUGAAGAGAGCGACCAUUGUCAUGAUAUCGCGGGGUCCUUGGAUUAUGUCGACCAUGUGCCUCCUUUGCCCACGAGGAUAAAAACAAGUUCCGGUUUGGGCCAAUCAUUAAUUAGAAGAACAACCCUUGACAGGGAUAAACGUCACCGAGCAUCGCUUCCGGCUCAAGUCAUCGGUGAAUAUACCGUGCAAAAUGGAAGAUCUCCAGCAAAGCGCAAAAGAGACAGUUUCUUGAAACGUCGGCAUAACUCGGCCUCAGCCAUACAGGUGUCAACCGCUUCUAGUAGUGUACAGUCUAGUCUGUCCAGUAUGUCCGAGUGUAAUGAGGAUGGAUGCGGAAAGAUGGACGACGUUCAUAUCUCAAACACAAGCGACCCACAAUCACAGGCAUUUAUCCAUCUUCAUUCCAACGUGGAUGAUUCCUCUUCUAAAUUCAGUCGCAAGGAUCACCCUGUGCAUAGCAACAGCUGUCCUCAGAUUGAGACAUCGUCUUUUCAAAUGUUUGAUAUCGUUGGUGAUGAGGCAGGGAUUAAAUUUCCAUGGCAACGUGAUGCAUCAACACAGUGUAAUAUUCAAAUAGAAAGAGUGAAAUAUACUAAAUCGAGCAGUGUAGAUACAUCGCCAUCCUCAAGCUCGGGUUUGACCACUCCUAAUCAUCUCCCCAUGUCCUAUCUGGACUGUGGGAACAGGGGUGGUCAAGGAAUUGUUCGGCCACAUUCUAUUGGGUGCCUGGAGGGAACCGUUCAUGAGGGUGAGAUAGAGAGACUGCGGCAAGAACAGGCCCGUAAGGCUAGAAAAUCUGAUUCUUUCCUUCAAGUAUCCCCGAGAUCAUUACGGAAACGUCCGUCCUUGGCCGUAUCAGACGAUCAUGGGUCCGUAUCGGACCUAGGAUCAAUAUCGGAAAAUCCCGAUAUCGAAGGGCGAGAUUUUGGUUUGGAAGAAAGUCAUAUGGCCGAUUUGUCUUCUGAACUUCGUCGGAUUGCCCUGAAAUCUGCCGAGCAGUACCGAGAUUCCAACAUUCUUCCAUCGCCUCGAGUUUCCCCAACAUUAUUCAACGGAAAUCAUCCGAGGAAUUCCGGGUCGGACUCGGACGACUGCUCUGGACCAGAUACCCACUCUAGGAAGUACCUGACGAUUCCAAGAAAGAGCUCUCGUCGUCGCUCGUCGCUGAGUCUGACCAGUGUGUCGGAUGAGAGCGACGUGGAGCCCUCACCUCCCGUUGCUCGACGAGGUAGACGUGCCGCCAUUGUCGACACCAAGAACUUUGGCGAUGUCUCUCCGACGACGCUCUCACCGGAAGUGUCCCCCAGCAACUCAUGUGACGAAGGCGACAACGCAAGUAACAUUGCGGAAAGACUACGAAGGCGAAAGAGUUCCGUGGAUCUCACAAUGAAUGUAUACCCUGGUGAUUUAUUAGUACACGAUCACCAUAGGAAACUCAUGAAACGAAACACUAUCGCCGACCUGUAUUCACAGAAAAACGGAUCUUCGUCCAGCAUAUCAGAUGAACACAAAAAGGGAAGGCAGUCGUUUUCUCUUCGUAAAUUAAUGAAAACAAGAAGUAAAGAAUCCAUUCCACGUUUAGAAGAUGUUCUUAGUCAAAUGAAGCCGUCAGAAUUUCGUGACAACCACCUGUCUGCUUACAAGAACUUGCACUGGUCAGACCUAAUAGCAAGUUCUGACAAACAGACGGAUACAGUCAAACUACCGGAAGUAGAAAGGAAACGACGGGAAGCGGUCUGGGAACUCUUCAAAAGUGAAUGUGUCUUCCUCAUAGAUCACCUAAUGGUCUUAAAACAUUGCUUUAUGGAGCCGCUUAAAAAAGUCCAGGUGGAAGGUCAUGUGAUGUUUGCUGAACCACAGGACAUUUUUGGUAACCUUGACGAGCUUUGUUAUGUGAGUUACACAUUUUGUAAAGACUUUAUUUCUGCCUUACUGAAGGAUAUGAGCUCAACUGACUUCGGGAGCACUAGUGUCUUAAUCAGAGCCUUCGAACGGUUCACAACUCACUCACGAGACGGAGGAGUGUACCAUAUCUACUGUCUCAACUAUGUAAAUGCCUUGACCUAUCUCGAACAGUUGAGACGACACGAAGACUUCACGGAAUUCGAAAAGUGGUGCACACAGGACCCGCGCUGUAACCGUCUCCAAUUGACUGAUCUGUUGGUGGCGCCAAUGCAGCACUGCACCAAAUUUCCCUUAUUGCUCAAUAACAUCAAAAAGUACACCGACAACAACGCCGAGAGAAAGCUGCUCACAGAACUCAUCGACAAAGUAGGAGUGUCUCUACAAAAAAUGGAGGACAAAAUGAAGUGGGCGAAGAAUUAUGAACGCCUUCAGGAAAUUCAAGGCCAGCUUGUUUGGCCCUCGGUAGCAGACAUCGACCCUCGGGCGUUCGUCCCCGACUUCCUCAAAACUGCCUUAACUAAACAGCCAUGUGAGAGGAUGAUAUGUAGUCCUAAACGUCAACUUUUACACGAGGGAUAUCUGACGCUUGUCGAGUCGGCCAAAACAUCAGAUGUCUACGUUUUCCUGUUUGACGAUAUUCUACUUAUCACAAGAACAAAGAAACCACAGAGGAAGAAACAUUCCAUCGAUAGCGUCCACAUUCGGCUUCAGCAGUCAGGUCAGUCGGAGCGGAUUGUCCACACAGUAUACAGGCAGCCAGUGGCCUUGGACAGGCUUAGUGUUCAUGAUAUCACCCCAUCCGAUGCUACAGCAAAUGGUCUCAAGCAUGCUUUCGUCCUAGUCCAGAUCAGUCGGUACCAACAGAUCAUCGGGGUAUUCACACUACAGGCAGUUACAGACUCUCACAAGGCAAUUUGGGUGGAAAAACUAUCACAUGCCAGAGAAAAGUUUAAUUCCGUGCCGGAUAUUUUGGCGAAUCAGUUAUCAUCUGAAGAGGAUAGCAAAGUCAAAGACGGACUAAUUUCCUCAGACAUUGUCAGGGCUACUAAAUCUAACCGCCGGGCCCCUUCUCUCAGAAAUCCUCAUGGGAAAUCUUUGUCAAUGGACGCCGUCUAUCUGUGAUUCGUAUGGAUGCCCUACUGUUUGUCUCGGCUGUUGGGAAACUUUACAAGUACCAAUAUCCAUUGACACUUGUGAUAGUGAAAGGUUUAUAUUCACUGCUUAUAUGUGAUCUAUGAAUUCCUCAAACGACGUAUGUGAUGGGGAAGAAAUGUCUUUUGAAGCUGGAUGUGGAGAAGUCCGGAAAUACUGUUAUGUUUUUAAAUGUUCUGUUUUCACGAUUUUCAAGUAAAAUCGCAAAAAUGAAUUAAAAAUGAUUUUUUGUGAGAAAUUAUGAUUAUUUUUCUUAAUUUCCGUGAAAAUAUUUCCUCGUUUGUUUAAAAUAAAUGUUAAACCGCAAAACUUUUUUAACCACCGACCAUAAUUGAGUUUUUUUAACAUAUCAACUUAACGUAAAAUAUGCGAGAAAUGAUUAUCACAACACCAAUAAUAGUGAGAUAGUUAGCUCAGACGUAAUUGAGCAAAUUCUGCUUCGAGGGCUCUCUAUUGAAUAAAAAUACUUUGGACAGCUUCGGGAAAUAGAGUCAUUUCAAGAACUUGAUUGAUUUGUGUCAUAACAUUUUCGUACCAAGAUAUACAAAAUGUAAUUAAAUAUAGCCAGGAUAGCCGAUACAUCGUGGUCGAAGAUCCAAUAUUUCGUACAAGGAAUAACAGUUUACACAAAUGAUACCUCAUUUAAUGAAAUUAUUCUAGUCGGAUAGAGAUAAAAACUGGACAAUAAACAGACUAUUUGCAUAAUGUACCCCUGCUUAUAUUUGUUGGACUACAUUACACGUUAAAUGGAAAUGAGGUCAAGAGUGAACAGUAUAUAAUACGUGCAUUUAAAACAUGUCUACUGCCUUUCCGAAGAUUAUUUGCAUCUGUUCUUAUCAAAGAGUAACGGUUACUAGGUUUGGGAAGCCUACAUAUUGAUGUUUACUGUGUUCCUGCGAAUUCUCAAUUUAAUUGGAUGAUUGACAUCAUGUGACAAUAUCCGAAUCUGCUUUAUAUGACACUUGUAGUAAAAAAUUAUGUUACUGACUUUAUCUGAAGAAGGUUUGUGAAUUGUCUUUAAUCAAGUCUACAAAUCUCAUAAAGACCUUUCCUUAAGAAUGGACAUUGGCAUUUUUUAGUUUAUUGGACUUUCAAAUUACAGGAAGAGAGAUAUAUUUAAAUGUAGUGUAUAAUACGUUGUUUGUUUCUAUUUCGAUGUUUCCAUAAUUUACACACUUGAUUCGAGCAUUUUUUUACCUCUGCUUAUGGCCUCGGUUAAUAUUGCUCAAAGUAGGUCGAUAAAACCACAAAUAAGCCUUACCAAUAGUCCAUAAUUGUAUAUUAUAUGUUAAAUUCCGUUAUGGGCAAAUUCAAUGCAGGUUUAUCGAGAACAUAUUCUAAAUAUUAAUAAUGUAAUAAGUAAAUGUACUUAUUCACAGCAAAACCAAAAUCAUAUUUAAAUCAAAAGAGCUAUUCGGAGUCACGUGACCUGAGGUGGCCUAUAUUUUAACAAGAGUAAAGAUAACUGGCUGGUACAGUGAUAUACUAUUUAUGGAUAUUUUUCUUGUUAUAUUUUUGUAAGCUUUCAUUGUAAAAGCUGUGUUGGAUGUGUUUUAAUUGCAAUGUUGUGAUAAUCGGAUGACUACAUUUUAUCAAUUUCCAUUACUUUUAAAGUGAUAAUUAUUAUAUUAUUAUAUGUAUAUAUGAGUAUUCAUCAAAAUAUUAACAAUCAUUGGAAAUCCUUUUAACAUCCGAUUCUAUAUUCACAACAAAUGAGUUUUAUUUAUGAUGUGAUCAAUAAAAUUUGUUACAAUA